CGUACGACUACAUCAACCACGUUGUCAUAACGCUUCCGCUUACGGUUUACGAGGUGUGCUGAUCAUGAAAGAAUAUGAAGGUAAGGCGAGACCCUCGGGGAUGGUGUUUGAUAAGGUGGACUUGUGGGUUAGGGUGGUGGAUCUUCCACCGGAUAAAAGGACAGAAGCAUUUGGGAAAGCUUUGGGUAACUGGCUGGGAGAAGUGGUGAAAGCUGAUGCAGACAAGGAUGGAAUUGCAAGGGGGAAUCAGCUAUGGAUAAGAGCUAAGAUUGAUGUGUAUGAACCCCUAAUUCACGGUUUCUACCUGAAGAAAUCUAAGGAGGAGAAGUUGGGCACGUGGUUUGAUUUCUACUACGAGAAAGUCCCCCACUUUUUCUUUGAGUAUGGGCGGCUUGUGCACAGGGCUGGCUUUUGCGAACCCCCUAUUGAUUCUUCGUCGCAGUGGGGUGGAUGGCUGCGUGCAUCUCCGGGAAGGAACACGAGCAAAGAUACAUCUGCGGGAGGUGCAACUAGCAGCGGCAACAGCCGAAGUCAUUCAAUGUAUGAUGAUGGAACCAGGCAAGGGCACCGGGAUGAACAGGUCCGUGUGAGGGACAUCCCAACGAAGAGGAACCUAAACUCUCAAUUCUCUCAGUCAGCUGAAAACCGCACUGGCGGGCAGAGUAAACCAAGAGAUGGAGAGGUCAACAGCCCUAGGUGCGACAAAACUAAAGGUGCUGAUGGAGGUGAGCAUGAUCUGAGGGAGGGCCUGGAGAUGAGAAGGGAGCAGAACCUAAGGGACAAGCUGAUAGAUACAAAUCUUGAGAGAGAGAGGCGCUAUGCCCGGGAUGUCUCAUGGGAGAGGAAAGGGAAAGACUCGGUUGAGUUUCCACCUAGGGGACACCAUGCUCAUGCAUAUGAUAGGGCCGAUCAACCGAGGGGGGCUGGCGUUCACAGGCAGGAUGGAAGAAGAAGGGGAUACUAUGUAAGAAAACCCAGGCAAAGUCCGGCCUAUGAUCACUGUGAGAGUCAGCGAGAUAGAAUCAGUUUCGAGAACAGGAAACGUAGGCCAUGGAAAGUACGGGUGGCUAAGGGUGAUAUUGAUAGGAUACAUGAACAGGAUGCUUGCAUUCGUGAUACGCGACGUAAAACGUCGACAAUGUUUGACCGCAUUUCAGACAACAUGGAUAGAUCGGCGGACCCCGAGGAACGGGGCCUCCCGGAGCAAUGAAUAUUUUAGGCUAGAACUGUCGAGGACUGGGGUUAGACUCGACAGUGGGCGAACUCCGAGACCUGAUUAGGUCCCACAACCAAGUGGUGGUAUUUUUGUGCGAGACUAAGAAGAAGGCAAGGGCAAUGGUGCUUCUACAUAUAGUGGUAUUGAUUUUCCACUUUUUUAAACAGCUUUACUUCCCUAGAGUUGAUUCAUUCCACUAGAUCUUCCUUUUGUGUGAACAAUCUGUUUGAAACAACCAAUUUCUUCGCAUCAAAUUGUAUCAGUCAACAACAGCGAAUCAACAAGAUAACAUCAAAUCUGGUUUGUUUCCUUUUUCCUAUUUUCCAUUGUUCGUGUUUUUCUUCUAUGGAUUUUGUGUUGUAGGAGGCUAUCACCUAUUAAAAGAUUGUCCAGAUAAUGUACUGUCUAGUUAAUCUGUACUUCCCUUGAGAACUACCCAUUGCAGGGAAGCACCUGAGUUAACCAGUCAUGCAUAUUCUUCUUGUAAAUGUUUUUCUAAUAUCUUUAGUUGGCAUUUUCAAAUGACCCAUUUUACUUUUUUAAUUGACAUGUACAACCACAGGUGUGCUCUGUAUUGAUUCCUUUACAUGGAUUUAUGGGAUGGAAAAAUGAUGAAGGACUAUGACGCUGUAAAUUUUCCUGAUUUACUGUCAACGAUGCUAUUUCUUUUCAACCUUUUCUUUUUAUAUUGUACUACUGUUAGCAAUGCUCUUGACCCCCACACAUUCUCUUUCCCGGAGACAGCCACUCUAUAUAUCGCUCUCGAGAGCUCUGUUACUCUGCUAUGGAUGUACUAGCUGCUACUAUAACCUGUUUGUUUAGUUAAUUUAACUUGAAGCACCUCAUGUAUGUUUGGCAGCUUAAUUAACAUCCACUUCUCUAGUCUGCAAGUUUUGCGAGGUUAACUAAAUAGUAGCCACUUGCUUCCCUGAAAAAAUUACUAGCUUGCUGUUUGUUGAUCUUCAGUAACUAGUUUGUGUAUUUUUUUUCUUUUCUGCUGUUUUAGGGAAUCAUUCCUCAAAUUUGGCAGGUUGUUGCUUACAAAAUGGCAGACCUGAACAACAUACACUUUGUGGCAUUGGAUGAUGCUUCAACCGAGAAGAGAAAGAGCGCCUUUAGAUGUUUCUAGAAAGGAAAGGAGUAGUCACAAAUAUAUGCUACAUUGAUGUGUAUAUCCAUUUUAGCUGAUCAACAUAUACCUCAGAAAGCAUGUUGUUGUUUACUUCCUAUGACAAACAGAAGUGUUCCCAGUGUGCAAGUGUUCUAAACGAAUGUGUUUUUGUUUUUCUUGCUAUUUUCCUA